UGUAGUAAAACGUGUCAUGUUACAUUUAACCUUUAGGUUACCUGGAGGCUAAAACAUAUGUCAUAAUGUGGAUAUACAUGUUUAUGUGUUGUUCCUUCGUCAUUUAUCCGGGAUAUAGCCACCAUUAUGAUCACGAAGAAUUCAUUUUCGACGAAGGACAGUAUGGAUUUACGAAAUAUCGUUUGUUUAUGGACAAAUAUCAUAGGAACACUGCAUACGAAAUAUGUCAGCUUUAUGGCGGGAACAUCAUACGCCUUGACAGUUUUAAAAAAUUGCUGCGUAUCAUGCAUCUCAACACUGAAGAAUGGAAUUACGAACUGCAUCAUGACUUCUGGAUCGACCUUGUAGUUGACCCGACCGAUGAUUCAUUUCUUUGGACAUCCGAUUGUGAGCCUUUUGAUCCACUGGCUGAUUGGAAUGGCAUGAUUGCAAACUUUGAUUACAAUGCUGAUAAAAUGUGCGUAGUGUACAAACGUGGAAGCAUCUGGAACAGCAAAAAUUGUGACUCCGAUGCCAUGGUGAUAUGCGAAACAUUUGAAACAGGGAAUGCCUGCACCUUCGGUUCACCAAUUGAUUACCCGCUUCAAAUUGUCCCAGAUAUAGAGGAGGCUGGUUGUUAUCAGCUGUGUUUAAAAACAGCAGAGUGUUGGUCUUACACCUACAUCAGUCCUCAACGAGAAUGUGUGCUCAACUCUGACACCAGUCAAAAUGGCGACGCAAAUCAUUUGAUGUCAACAACCAAAAUCAAAAGCUGUUAUGGCGGUGAACUGAUUCAGACAGUUAACCAAACAUGGUCUAUUGGAGUAUAUGAUGAUUACUCUGAACCUGUGUACAACUGCACAGCUGGCCUUCAACAGACAACAUUGAACAUCACAAACCUGCACACUCAAUCACAGCAGCUACAACUCCAAUCACUGCAUAGUACAAAUAACAAAGAUGUAUGUUCAACAGUGGUUGUCACUAAAUAUGCGACAACAACAGUUAUAGAUACAACAACUAACGACUUAACGGUCUCCGUAACAGCCAGUCCGAGAACUGUUGUCGUGACAACAGAAAUUCCAACAACUCUCGUCAUAACAUCAGAAGUGUUCUCCCAGCUCGUAACGACAGUAGUCUCAACCGACAUUGCCACAACAACCGUCGAAAUUCCAACAACCGUCGUAACGACAGUAGUAAUUCCGGCUCCCAACGUUACUAUAACAGCAACACCUUCCAUUGUUCCUGUGACAACUGUCGUUUCUGAAGUUGUCACGACAACGACAGAAGUUCCAACUACGAUCGUCGUCACGGAGACUCCAUCUGUUAUCGUCUCGACUGUGCCGGUUACCGUUGCUAUGACUUCAAUGGUAAUCGUCCCAACAACGGUUGUCCGCUCAGAAAUCGAGACGUACGCUACAACGUUGGUAAUCACAACCACGAUACACGCAACUACGUGGAGUUCUGUGCCUCAAUUAGCUCCAACAGAAUUGGCAAAGAAAUUAGAAAACCUUGUCAAGAACCUCACUGUGCCCAAGACGAGCACAAACGCUUAUCGUCGCAAGUUGAUGUGUGCAGAAGACACACGGCAAUCGGCUAAAACAGUAGGCUUCGUCGGAAUAGUUCUCUUAGUGAUCCCGUUAGGGCUACUUAUAGGUUUGGACCUUCCAUCUGUAGCAAUCCAUAUCUCGAAACUCAGAGAAUCUUUCAAAGGAUAGAGCAGUUAUUUGAAGAUAUCUUAACUUUGGUAAUAUAUUGAAGGGAUUUGACCUCGAAGGAACGUUUCAUUUGUCAAAAUAUGAUGUUUGCUGGGUGUCUUACCCGAAUAACUGCGAUCGCCUAUCACACUCAAUUUGGUGAAUGCAAUAUCAUGGAACUUUUAUGUAUACUAUUCUGUUGUUACAUGGUAUACUUAACGUGACAUCAUUGCAUUGUUGUCGAGACUUCAUACAACUGUACUGACUUACAUGCCCCAAAUCUAGGACGAGAUGAUGAAAUCAUAACUUCGGGGGUACGAUUCUGAAGCUGUCAGAAACUCUGGAAGCCUCGUGUGGGGAUCUCCCUGUCUAAACCCAAAGGGGAGGAAACAUUUAACUAGUCCCCCGUAUUACCUGUUCAAGAUUUUCUGUCAAUCCCUAAGGUGUGAUUUCUCCGUCAAUCCCUAGGGCGUAGCAGAUAGCACGUGCUGGCAACAAUUCAGUGACGCCAAUUCGACAAUUUAGACGCGUCAUGUCAACGGUGUGCUUCAUUACAUUUCUUUUAAUAUUUGAUCACCUAGAUCAUGCGUAGAUAAAAUGGAAUGAUUGAAGAAAAAAAAUAAUACCCUACCAUGAGGACAUGGCAGAAAUAUCCAACCAUCUGGGUGAUAUUCUUGAUUGCCGAACCCUUAACAGAGCCCCGGGUUAGAUCAUUAGAUGUCCAAAAACAUCAUCCAUGCGUUGAGAUUUCUCCGUCACACUACCGAGGAAGGGGAAAGAUUCUAUUAGUCGACGUGACUUAGAAGACGUCAUCUUAUCUUGAUUUUCGAGUUGUUACUUAUAUAACUCAAUUUCAUGCCUUGAAAUUUUAAUUCACACUUUCUAAGUCUUUAUGUAUUGUGUAUAUAUUAACAUUUAAUUAAACAAGUGUAUAUAAUAUAUGUUGUAUUAUAUAGCAUGUCACUGGAGGUGUCAUUGUCAUUAUCUCCUUUCAGUUUUACAUGCAUGCACUUUAUAGGUCUACUGAGACAACAGGCAUGCGCAGUGAUGUAUGAAACCGAUUUAAAACAUCACUGAAUAAGCCGUAGUGAAAUUAGUCCCGAGUUUGCAAUUGGUCAGCAAUAUCUAUGUCUAAAAUGUAAUAAUUAUCAUUUUACUUGGAUCUUAUCAAGACAAUAGGUAACAGAGGGAUCUUAGAGUCAACCAUUGAAUGUUCUUUAUUGGUUCUAUGUAAUACUUAUCUUUUCUCUACUUUCCCCUUCUUUCACCUUUUCGGCUUAAUCAUGAAUUCUAAGAAAGAUCUAAAUUAUAAGAACAACUUUAUGAGAAUAGCUUUUAAUAAAUUCCAACUGUUCAAUCCAAAAUGUCUACAGGUUUGCUAUUGCUGGUUGUCCCGAUCUGUCACAAGAUUGAGCACAAGUAGGACAACGGAAACCAACAUAUGAAUUCAGAGAUAUAUUCAUCCAUAACUUUCCCAGAAAUAGUAAUAGCAGACCUUACUGUCAGGAGGGCAUGUAUUAUAAAUCCAAAAUGGCUGCCUGAUGGACAGACCAGACAAAGGUAAUUUCGAUCAUCUGAUGAAGGUAGGCUAACUAUUGCAAACACAUAUUUUCUGUGUAGAACUCCUCUUUUUUUAAAGAAAAAGCAACAAUAGAGUAAUUAAAGUUUUAUAUAUCCUUAAACACCAGACAGACUAAAUGAUUCCCAAUUUCCUACAAACCACUUUCAAACGUUACACUGACUGGUGUUUGGUGAUUUUUUGUUAAACUUGUUAAAUCCAAUUUUUAAAUGGUAAUUUAUUUUUAAGAAACUGGUUAACAAUGCAUGUACAUGUAUGUGGAAAAAAAUAAACACAACGAUUUGUAUGAUUUAUCUUUAAUCAAACUGUUAAAUUCAUACCAAAGACGUCAUAAGUAACAUAGUUUUGUGGAAAUAAACGUCCUUUUUAUAAUUUACCAUGAUAACAGUAUGUUAUUUAAUACUAUUUCUCACCACUAUCCUAUCCUUCUGUACAAGCACAGCAGGUAUUCUUUCAAACACAAAGCACAAACUCAGAAAAAAAAUCAAUCAUUUCAAUAUGAUGAGUCAAGAUUUAGAUAAUUUAAAUAACUGUUAAAGCACACAGAUAUUAUUUACAUAUAGUCAUUUGUACCUGUUGGACCAAAUUGUUCAUUAUAUACGAUACAGAGAUGUUAAAUGCAUUCUUAAAUAGAUGAUACAUGUAUAUACAGUAUUUACAGUUUAUGUUCUUAUGAGGAACAAACACCAUCCCUGUGUAAAAAUGUUAAAUUACUAUAAUUCUACUUUAAAACACUAUUAAAACUUUUAAAAAUUUAGUAGUGAUACUAUUAAAAUCCGUUCGCAAACAUCUAGUUCUAGAACAGUUAAAAGUAAAAUUGAUGAAAUUUACAGAUAACAACACCAUUUGAAUUACCAUUUACACGAAUAAAUCACUUACAACAAGUCUUCACAAAACAUUGUCACUGUGAGUGUACAUGAUCAUCCUAGUGCUCAAGUCAAAAAAUAGUAUGUAGUAAAAGUCAAAGUUUUACUUGAACUGCAUAGGAUCCUUCUCUAUCCCUAUCUGUAUGAUUGGUUUAUCACCCCGUGAACAGCCGGGGUUAUUUUGAGGCAGGGUCUCCUUGUAGUAGCUGGUGGCUACCUCACUGAAAAACAUACGAGAGGCCCAGCGCAUGCCAUUCUGAGAAAUUAAGAUACUGUGUCUUGCCCAAGGACACAACCACACAAACACAGACCGGUCAGAUUCCCUGGCUGUUCACAAGGCAUCUAGUUACAACUAUAACUAUAGUACAUAUCAGUCUCGAGUCAUUUUCAGUUUCAACAUACUUUACGUACCAUUGAAAGUGGUCUCUCUUCAAAACUGACGUGCCAUACUUAAUAAUCAUAUAUAGCAUCUAGCUGUAUAUCUGCACGCUUUAAUUCAAUAAUCUGAAAAAUGUAUUGCUUCAAUUAGGAAACUCUUGAAAUAUGAAUGUUUUUGGUUCAUGGAAUAUAUAUACAGCGAGAUGUCUUUAAUGUACUGAACAUGACUAUUGGGUAUAUAUAUAUUUUUGGUGCAAAAAAGCUUAAUUACAUCCUUGUUGAACAUUCCUUCAUGCACAUCUUAUACAGGGUAGACAACUCUCAUUAUCCAUUUCUCUUUCAGCCAUGUGGGAGAAAAAACCCUAUACAUAAUACUUAUUCCAAGUCUUUAAAAAAUUUCUCAAUAAUGUUUUGUCCAAGAUGAACUUGAUGAAAAUAAUAAUCAAAUUUCUAAGCAUGGUAAUGAAUUAUAAAACGCUGAAAGUUUCUUGGCGUAGUCAUUAAAAAAAAAAAAACAGAAAAUUUUGACUAUAAUAAACAAAAA